AUGAGAGAAUGGCAGACAGGAGGUUGCGCCAUUUGUGCUGCGCAUCCAGAGCUGCAACUGAUUGCCGUGGGCACAGGAGGCGAUCCCGCCUUCCUUGUCUUCUUCGAAGAUUCGCUUCGGCGCAAGCAGCGUUUCGAGCAGCGCUGCGAUGCCCUGGCUUGGCACAAGAAGAACCCUGUUCUCGCAGUGCUCAGCAUCAACGCGGCGAUGGCGAAAAUACAGAUUUUCAGCGCCACAGACGGGCUAGCGCACUUUCGCCUCCAUGUGUUGGGCAUGCAUCCAGCCACCGCCCUGUGCUGGGCGCGAUCGCACCUUCUGGUUGCUGGCCCGGAGCUGUGUGUGUGGCCGUGCAAGGUCGAAGACCACUUCUCGGCAACUGCUCCCUCGGCGCGGCAUCCAAUGGACGAGCUGAGCGAACUAGAAUUGGACCCCUCCGAGCGAUUCCUUGUCACGGUCCACCGGACCGGCCUCGUCAGGACCUGGUGGGCUUCAGAGCUUCCAAAGGCCACUGCCUUCCGACGGCGUGCCGUCACAGAGACGCUGCUGGGCUGCUGCGGGGAGGUGUUGCAGGGGCAUUGCCAAGCUGCAAGCUGGGCACCUGCUGCGCGCGGGUCCGCAAUUCUCGCAACUCUCGGUUUGCAGCGGGACAUCACAGUCUGGCGAGAGUCUGCCUUCGAAGAAACUCCUGGUUUCGUAGCAGAGGCCCGCUGGUCCGCUUCGGACCUCCAAGCGUCUGCGAUGGUCUGGGUCGGCAAAGACACCGAAGAAUUAGAGGAUGCGCGAGACUGGUGGGGCGAGCAGUCAGAAUCACUACCACUGCGCCCCACUCGUCAUUCAGCUCAUGUGCGGCCUGAAGGGCCCCACAAAGCCGAGCUGGUGGUCACGGGCGAGACCACGUGGUGCAUCGAGCUCCAAAGCUCACCAGGAGGGCAGGGCCCUCUCUUUUCUAUCUGUCGCAAGUUGCCCGAGCUCCCUGGGUUUGACCAGAGUGCGGGCUAUGGGCGCAGCGGAGGACUUUUUUCGGUGAAGAAGUCGGGAAGCGCUUCCUUCAAUGCGUGGCUCUGCUCUCCAAGUGGAGAUCUCCGGCGGAUUUGCCUCGAUGAGAAUUCGACGUCCGUAGACGCGGUCGCAGGCAGUGUGCUUCCGUGCUGCUGUUUGCCAGAUGCCAAGCGGCUUGAGGAGUCGCCACGUUUCGAGGUAGUGGAUAUGGCGCUGCACGAAUACUGGGGCUUGCUCGCUUUGCUCCUGAGCGGCGGAAGAACGCUCGUCUGGGUGGCGGAAAUUCCCGAGUCCCGUGCGUGCUUUGACUCGGGACGCUAUCGCUUGCCUCAAGGUGACAUUUUAAGCGAUGAAGCACUGAGCACAGCAGACUGCCCCAGUUUCACCAGUUUGGUUUGGAUCCCUGGACAUCGACUGCCUCCCCGACUCCUGGGCUUCGGGAGAGGUUACACGCUCGCUACGUCCCUGGACAUCUCUGGCACGCUGCAGCCAUGGAGCGAGGUGCUGUGGAAGUCAGAUGCUCACCUGCCGGUUCGGGACGUUCAGCAGAUGCAAGCCAGCAAGGCGGGGGACGUGCUCUCUCUGCUGGUGCACGAUGAUGACCUCUUCUUCGUCCUGGCACGUGUGGAGGUGUCAAGCAGCAGCUCAGAUGCACCAAUUCUCGAACCAAUCUGUCGUCACAGGCUGUGGGCAUCCUGUCCUCAGCUGGGAGCCUUUGCAUUGGAGUGGCUCGGAUCUUUCGCCGCCAUGAAAGAGGGCGAUGUCUCUGGUCAGUUUGCCUUCUGGGCGCCUGAAUCAGACGAAGUGGUGAUUCGGACCCUGGAGAUUGAGGAUCCGACUACAGGUGCUGUCCGCGUCGGCGAGACGCUCGCGGCACCGCUGAGCUCCAGUGAGACGCUUCAAGGUGGAGUUCUGCGUCUCAAGCUUUGCGACGAAUUCCUGGUCGCACUGACUACUCGUGCAGAGAUUCUCGUGUGGUCCCUCGCUGGUGGCGAUCUGGGACAUGUCCUGCUCAGUUACAGCCACACUCUGGCAACGCAUCAGCUCAAACGAGAAGGCCCCGGUGCCGGAGACGACACUGUGCCUUUUCGACCGUGGAAUCGUGAUGGACCCGUGAACAAAAGUGGCAGAACCGUGGCAAUCAGCGAAGAUGCAUCCGGCCAUUUCACGCAGGGUGAUCUCUCCCUCCAUCGCUGCGCAGGCGGUGGUUUGCUUCUUGCGGCAGCGGCGUCUGCAAGCGAUUCAAUUGCGCCCGCAACCGCGCUGCUCUGCCAGAGAGGCAACAGUGGCGACAUUUGGCAUGCUGUGGACUUGCAUCCGGAGGCUCUUCCCCUGGAGCAGGGAUCGCUUCUAGCCGUAUGCAUGGAGGGUGCGCUUCUCCACGCCGGCUUCUGUGCGGGCCCUGGGGAAGGCGGACCUCGCAGGCCUGCCGUGGUGGCUGCCUCACUCCCUUCCGCAGCUCAAGGACGCCUGCAAGCUUCUGCACCGUGCCCUGCCUACCAUCCCGAUACCCUGAUCUGGCUUCUCAGAAACGGACAGGCUGCCCUCGCGAGACGAAUCCUUCAGUCAUUCAUGUGGACUGAGGUCCGCAUGUGGCUUCUUCUAUUCCUGGCAGUUGCGGUCGGUUCUCACGGCUCUCAUGCAGGCACUGCCUCUGAGUUCGUCCGGAAGCAAGCUCCUCGUCGAGGUUUGGUGAGUGUGGCCGUCUCUCCUCAAGGAGUCCUGCAACUGGACGAUGACAGUGGGACAGGUAGGCACAGCGAAGAUGUUGUGACUGACCCAACCUUUGCAGAGAGCGCCGGCAAGUGGAAGGUGCACUAUGACGGAUGGUCAAGAAAUCACAAGUUCGAAGACGUGGAAAUCUUCUGCGACGGCGCGUUCAAGCUUUGGAAUGGUCACACGACAAAGCUUUCCACGUCCGAGGAUGACAAGAAAGCUCUAUGCAAUCGUGGGACAAUGAAAAACAAGAUCCAAUGGGUCAACAAGGAUUGGGCUGGGGACAAUCGCAAAUGGGAAUGUGGGUGGUACGAUUCGAAAGCUGACAAGAUUCAUGUCUACCAUUACGUAAAAGGUCAUCGAAGCACCAAAGACGGUCACAGAGCGGGAGAUGAUUUUUGGGGUAAGAUUGACCGAUCGAAGCGCGAAGCAGAAGUGAAUUGUCCGACCACAGCUCCUCCGGAAGGGAAGUCUGGGACAUCAGCACGCUGGACUGCUGGCGCGACUGCUCUUUCGGCAUUUCUCGUACUCCGUCAAAAUGCCAGUCCACACGGGAUUCCGCCCCUUGUGGACCUAGACUUCAUGGAGUUCCACUGCGCAGAUGCCGUGGCAAGAUGUGAACGCAUGCCGAGCUCUGCACCUGCUUCCUCAAGCCAGCUGCAUGCAGAUGGCCUCGAUGUUGGCAGUGGUGCAACCGCUGCCUCUUUGUUUGAAGAUGAUUUUGAGGCGCGCAUGGCCAAGCUUCGUUCAAGCUGGGCAGAGGAUGACCCGUCUCCUAGCGUUCCCACACAGGAGAACGGUGAGACGACAUCAGCGGGAUGGCAUGUGUCGGAACUGGAACUGGACGAGCUGGGUCGUUUCUUGCAGACGCGAACACUGCCGAUGGUUUCUUCACACGAGCAG